AUGGCAUGCAAGGAUACAUACGUCAAGCAGCUGAUGGCUCAGAUGGGAUCGAAAUGCAUCCAGAAGCGCAUCAGUGCUAUCAACCAGCUGGUGGAUGACUGCAUCCUAAAGCCAGGCAUCAUCAUGUCCUGCAUAUUCCCGGUCUUUGACACCAUCAGGGCCAGGCUGGUGGAAUCAAAUAGAAUGGUGAAUCUCCACAUGUUGAAGGCCCUAGGGACCAUAAUACCUCAGAUGAAGGAGAGAUUGCACAAGGUGGUCUUCCUGUUGAUCCCUGCCAUCGUAGACAACCACCUCAAUUCUAAGACCAACGCCAUCUACAGUACUGCCCUUGCCGCGAUCCGCAGUGUUGUACACAAUCUUGAUAACUCCCUGCUGCUGGAGAUUUUGGUCACCAAGGCCCAGCUCAUCAGUGGAAAUGCAAAGACAGACCUCACUGAUACUGUUGCAGGCAUGGUGAUGGAGCUGUACCCUCGCAGGCCUAAGAUGGUGGAACAGCAAGUGCUUCCUCUGCUGUGGCACAUGUUGGCCAUCUGCAGCCGCAGUGCAGCCACAGUCACGCUGUUCAGGGCUCUGUACAGUCACAUGGGGCCCAGGCUGUGGGCAGCAGCUGCCUGUCAGCCCCUCAGCAUCCGGAAGGGUCUGCAGCACCUGCUCAGCUCUGCCUGA